AUUCAAAGAUGUAAAAUUAGAAAAUCAGGCUUAUCAACAGUAAUGGCAAACAAAAUAUACCAAAGCCUUAAGCUUCUUAAUAAACUUUCUCCUAUAAUCUAAAUAGCUAAUAUAUGGAUCCUAUUCCUCAAUAAAAUUAAGACUUUCAAACAAACAUUUCAGUUAGGGUGAUUUAAAAUAAAAAUGAGUCAAACAAGUAAAGGUCAACAUCACAAUUUAAUGCUCCUUUGAAUAAUUAUAAUAAUAGUACUAAUAAUUCUAAUAAUUAUAUCUUCUCUAAGGUUUAUGAAAAGCCAUAUUAGAGAACAGAAUUUAACAAUUAAAUUUAAAACUUCAAAAAUUUUUAAAAUUAAGAUUUUUAAAGAAAUUUUAAAGAAAACUAAGAAACUUCAUUUAAUUACUAAGCUUAUACAGAUUAAAAUUAUUUGGGUUAUCAUCAAAACUAUUAAAAUUUGAGUUAACCAAAACAAAAUUAUUUUUAGGAAGAAAAAUAAAUAAAUCAAAGUAAGAAAAUAGUUAUCAAAAAUAAUUAAAAUUAUAAUUAAGAAUACAAUUAUUAUGAUUAAUACUAAUAACCUACAAUGAAUAAUUAUAAUCAAUGUUAGGAAUACAAUCGAAACGUUGAAUAGUUCAAUUAUUAAAAUUAACAAUAAGUGUAAUGUCAAUCACAAAAUUAUUUAAACCCCAAUUAUGAGCCUAUUUAAACUAAUUAGUUUUCUUAACAAAUUUAUAAAUAAUAAUAAUAUCAAAUAUAAAGUCAUGAAAUUUAAAAUCCUUCUUAUACAAUAUAAGAGCAGAUUUUCACCAACAAUUAUUAAAUAGAAUCUACAAAUUAAUAAAAAGUUCAUUCAGACAAUGAUUCUGCUGAUGAAAUUGAUUUAAAAUAAUCUUUAAUGAGAUCCAUUUCAUAUACAUGUUAACAUUGUAAUACAAGAGUAUUUUAAGAUAUAGUUUAACUUGAUUGUUUUCAUUUCUAUCACUCUGAUUGCUUUAAAGAAUAUUUAACAACUUAAAUCUUAAGUAAAACUAAUAAACAUAUGAUAUGUUACUGCUAAAAAAAGAUUUCAGUCUCUUAGAUAAAAACUGUUUUAAAAUUACACUCUGAUUCUGAUUUAGUGAAAUAAUUAUUAUAAUCAUAAAUUACAGCCUUAUAUUAGAAGUAUUAAAAAGAUGGUAUAUUCCAAAAAUGUAGAAAUUGCAAUUUCUUUUGGAUUAAAGAGAGAUAUUAAACUUCUCAGUAAUAUUACAACUGUUUGAAUUGUGAAAAAUUAUAUAAAUGA